UCUGUGGUGCCCCCUCUCUGAGAGGUGCUUUCCCUCCUCCUAUUGCUGCUACUUUCUGCUGGCAGUUUCUUUACUUUUUUUCUUAGUUCUAAAAAAACAGAUUGUAGGCAGAAUCCCCAUAUGCACAGCAGCACAAGUCACCUGGAAACUGCCCUGGUUCUUGAUCUGUGCAGCAGCUGUCUCCAUUCCUGGGUGCCCCUCUCUGUGAGCCUGUGUCCCCACUCCAUGACAGCAGCACACACAGUCACAGGCAAUGCUCGAAGUGGGCUGGUAUACACCAGUAUGGCAUACCGGCACUUCGAGCACUGACCGCUGAAGAACCCUGCCGCCACUAUCAUUUCAAAUUUAGCGCUAUUCAAUAGCCAAUUGGCACUCUCAAAUCAGCAGCCAUUAGGGAGCGGACGCUCCUGAUUGGCUGCCAGUCCACAUCAGAUUUGGAAUGAUAGGCGGACUGGACGCAGGGGGAGGCACCAGAGUUGCCCUGAAGGCCAUUGCCACCACUGAUGACGACCACAGCCUCCUCCUCACCGCCGCUGCAGCUGACCACAGCCUCCUCAGUACUGCAGAUGCCAAUCACAGCCUCCUCCUCCUCCACAGCAGCAGCACUGCCCAUUAGCAAUAUGGGUGAGUUGGUGCUGUGGACAGCAACAGAAUUAUACAAUAUCUUGAACCAAUCAACAAAGUUCUCUAGGCUUGCGGAACCAAAUUAUUUAUGUCUUUUGGAUGCACGCUCCAAGCGAGAGUAUAAUGAGAGUCACAUUAUAACUGCAAGAAGAGCAAAGCAGGAUGAAGACAUGAAUUUCCAGUUACCAGAGUCUGUAGAACUGGACUGCAUGAUGUACUGUUUGGUGUAUGACAGUCGAACUAAUUCUUUGGAUGAUGAAGGCCCAGCAAUAAAUUGUGCCCGAGUCAUGUCACAACUCUGUCGUCACCCAGUGAUGGUGCUCAAAGGAGGAUAUGAGGAAUUCUCUGGCUACUACCACUUCCUGAGAUCUCAGAAGGUUUUUUGGAUGCCUCAGGAAAUAGAUGAAUUUCAGCCAUAUCCUAUUGAAGUCAUACCUGGUUUACUGUAUAUGGGUGACCAACGACAAGCCAGUGAUCACCACAUUCAAAAGAAUAUGAAGAUUAAAUCUCAAAUUAACAUUUCUUUAGAACCUAUGAACCUGUCUCUCAUGGGUGAACAUGUGUUACAUAUGGCAGUACCAGAUUCAUGUGAUUCAGAUCUUUUGCAAUUCUUUCUAAGUGCUUGCAGGUUUAUAGAUUCUCAUAUGAUGCCAAAUUGUGCUGUUCUGGUGUCUUCUGAUUUGGGGAUCAGCCGCAGUAGUACUGUGGUUAUAGCAUAUAUCAUCCACUAUAGAAAGUGCACCCUCCAGGAAGCUUGGAAUCAUGUUCUUAAGUGCAAAACCAACAUGAGACCAAACAGAGGUUUUGUGCAGCAACUGUCAGAAUGGGAAAAGACAAUUAUUGGGCAGCAGAAUACGGACAUAUCAGAUCCUAAAUUUUGAUCAACAUUGUUUUACUACAAAAAAUGUUUACUCAUCAGUUACAGAUGCUUUAAAUAAGCGCACCAGCAUUCACAGGAUGGAAGAUAUCUGACAAGAUAAACCAACCCACUGCAGUGUUGCUGUACCAUGUACCAAUUCUGUCAUUCGUUAUUUAAUCUCUGCUACAGCAUUGUUAUAGUUGCUUUCAUAACCCAAAAUACAGAUUGUAACAUCUGUGCUUAGUUGUGUUGUUUUGUUUUAUGGGGUAUUUUUUGUUUUGAAUUUUGAUUAAAAUAAUUUUACUUGGACCAUACCUCAUCACAGCAGCCUUAAAUUAAAUACUAAAGUUGAGUUGUUUGUUCAAAAAUACUAGUCAUAGUAUAAAUAUUCUGAAAACUUCUUCAUGGGUGUUGCACCCCAUAUCCACUGACCAGGCAAUGGUAAUAUUUUCUCCAUAAUGCAUAAUUUCCAUGCAAACAGCACAUUAAAUAGAUAACAUUAAAA